AUGAACUCGUCGGGUAGACCCACCACUGGCCGGCCAACAACGGGCCGCCCCACAACGGGCAGGCCAACCACCGGUCGUCCCGGCACGCGUGGUGGCACCGCAAACCAUAGACCCCCUACACAGGGCCAAGGCGGCUAUUCCGCUGCUCAGAACGACACGUACAUUGAGGAGGAAUGGGAUGAAGAAGAAUACGAAUCCGAAGACGACGGAGAUGUCUUUGCCUUUGUACCUCCCGACCUCGGCCCCGCCCCCGAGCUUCAGCAUAACCCUCUCGACCCCUCCAUAGACAACCAAAACCGCCAGCAGCACGAACAGCAUGACCAGGACUACACCGCAAAUCAGCCUGCCGCCGCCGCUGCCGCUCCAGACGUCGCUGACCAGAACGAGACCUACUACUACGAUGAAGCUACCGGGGCUGUCUAUGAUUCACAAGGCCGCCUCGUCGACGUCUCGGCACAAAGUUUGGCUGCAGCACAAGCAGACGUGCCCGUACAUGCGCAGGUCCGUGAUCUGCAGCACGACGCCGAUGAAAGAGCAUCCCCCGCCUCUGAGGUAACCCUCGACAACGCCCUCGCCCCGUCCUCCUCCAAGCCACGCGCUUCCACCGACAAUCGCUCCUAUGACUCGGCCAGUACUUUCACACGCGAUCCAUCUGGCCAGCCGCUCAACCAUGCGCGAUCCUACGCCGCCUUCCCAUCCAUGGAAGCGCUGCCCGAAGUCGACUCGCUUCCUGCCAGCCGCAGUGGCAACUCGGAAAUGCGUACCACUCUACCGCACGGCGCGCGCGAUAUUGGCACCACCGCCAGUGGAGGUAUCUCGCUCGAUCAGGCCAUCCCUGCGCAAGGCAAGCGUCAGAGCGCCCAGAUCGACGCCUUCCCUUCGUCGCUCCCCGAGCUCCGUCGCAGCGCCGACACAGAAGACGACGUCAAGUAUCCGCUCGACUCGGCCGACUACGCAUACGACGAUGCAUACAAGGACGACUUCCACAUGGUCAACUUCAACGAGAUGGGCCAAGGCCAAGGCCUCGUCCAUCCUGCGCUCGAGAGCGCCGAGGUGGGCUCGAGAGGCGUGCGCAUGGUUGAGCUCGAGAUGGAGAUGGAGGAAGACUCGCCCUACCCAGAAGUGCGUGCGUCCGUCUCCAACAUUGACGACACCGACAUGCCCGUCAACACGCUGCGCAUGUGGUUCAUUUCGUUCUUCCUCACCAUCCUGGCCACUGGCGCCAACAUGUUUUUCUCGCUUCGAUAUCCCGCACCCACCUUCUCGAGCACCAUCGUAUUGCUGGUCGCCUAUCCCAUCGGAAAGCUUUUGGCGGCAAUCAUGCCCAUUCGCGUGUGGACGCUGCCGGGAUGGCUGGGUGGCGCUGAGUUUUCUCUCAAUCCUGGUAUCUACAACAUCAAAGAGCAUGCCUUGACCUCGAUUAUGGCCAGCAUCUCCAUCAUCACCGCCUACGGUAUCAACGUCAUCAUCGUUCAGGACUCGGAACGCUACUAUCACGAGCCCAAGACCGUUGGCUUUGACAUCCUAUUCAUGCUCAGUUCGCAGAUUAUCGGUGUUGGGCUGGCCGGCCUGUGCCGACGCUUCCUCGUCUGGCCUGCUAGCAUGAUCUGGCCCCAGAACCUCGUAUCUGCCACCAUCCUCAACACGCUCCAUGCCGAGGAAGAUGGUGCGGAUGGCACCAUGACGCGCUUCCGCUUCUUCAUUGUCUUUGGCACCGGCGCCUUUUUGCUGUAUUGGGUGCCCGGUUACCUGUUUACCGCGCUCUCAGUGUUCAAUUGGGUCUGCUGGAUCUGGCCCAAGAACGUGCCGGUCAACGUGGUGUUCGGCACCAUCUCGGGUCUCGGCCUUUCUACGCUCACGAUCGACUGGACGCAGAUCGCCUACAUUGGCUCGCCUCUCGUCACUCCCUGGUGGGCCGAGUGCAACAUCUUUUUUGGCUUUGUCAUCUUCAUCUGGAUCGCUGCGCCCAUCAUGUGGUUCAAGAAUGCGUGGUACCAGUCGUAUCUGCCCUUCAACACGAGUGGCUCGUGGGACAGGUUUGGACAGCCGUACAACAUCAGCCGUGUUAUCACCAACGGUGUGGAUCUCGACCAACCAGCUUACGAGAACUACUCGCCGCUCUACCUUUCAACCACCUUGUCGCUCGUCUAUACCACGGGGUUCGCCAUGUUGACGUCGGUGUUGACGCAUACCGUGCUAUACCACGGCAAGGCGCUCAAGAAGGGCUUCAUGCGCAUCCGCACCGAGGAGGACGACGUGCACGCCAAGUUCAUGCGCCACUAUCCCGAGACGCCCGACUGGUGGUAUGCGUGCGUAUUCUUGGUCGCACUCGUGUUCGGUGUUGUGAUGGUCGAGGUGUAUGAUACGGGCUUGCCGAUUUGGGCGUUGGUGGUGGCGAUCCUCAUUCCGACGAUCUACAUUCUGCCUGCUGGGUUCGUCUAUGCUAUGACGGGUCAGGCGAUUGGUACAAAUCUGAUCGGUGAGCUGCUGGUUGGAUACAUGCUACCCGGCAAGCCGUUGCCCAACAUGAUCUUCAAGGCUUUCGCACUGCAGGGCCUGUUCGGUGGACUGCAGUUCGUGCAGGACCUCAAGCUGGGGCACUACAUGAAGAUCCCACCUCGCUUGACGUUUAUCGCGCAGCUGUCGGGUGUGGUGGUGGCGUGCUUUGUGCAGCUCGGCGUUAAGAGCUGGAUGUUCAGCAACAUCGAGGGAAUCUGUUCGCCCGACCAGCCGAACAGUUUCACCUGCCCGCAUAUCCAGGUGUUCUACACGGCGAGUUUGAUUUGGGGCGCGAUUGGGCCGGCGAGGAUGUUCGGUCGCGAUAGCAUGUACCGCGGCAUGUACUGGGCGAUGCUGUUUGGCGCGCUGAUCCCGAUUCCGUUCUGGAUGCUGGCGAGGCGGUAUCCGAGGUCAUGGAUCAGGUACGUCUCGUGGCCGGUCAUCUUUGCCAGUGUUUCGUUCAUCCCUCCUGCGUCCGGGAUCAACUAUUCAUCCUGGUUCGCCGUGGGUUUCGUGUUCCAGUAUCUGGUCAGGAAGUACAACUUCAGGUGGUGGAGCAAGUACAACUUCGUUCUGGCUGCUGCGUUGGAUAGCGGGACGAUCAUCAGUACGAUCAUCAUCUUCUUUGCUCUCAUCUUGCCCAAGAACGGAUCGCUGCAGUUGAAGUGGUGGGGGAACGAGGUGCCGGGUACGACGUAUGACAAUCUUCGCUAUGCAUUGAAGGAUGCGCCGGAGGGUGGAUUUGGGAAGUUGCCGCAUUUCUGA